AUGCGGUUCUCUAUUCUCGCUGGCCUUGUGGCCGUGGCCGACGCCGGAGUCAUCGGUUCUAAGCCAGACUUCUGCAACAACGUGGCCCUCAAAGAGAUUGUGAAAAUUUUGAAAAUUGAGAAAGCUUCCGCCUUUUGCUCCCAGAUCAUGACCCCCCAGACUAAGACGGCAACAGUCACUGCAACAUCGACUUCCAUCACGACGGACUCUGCGUUGGCUACAUCCACGGUUCUGGUUCAUCAAACAGCCAGUUUGACAGCCGUGGAAAUCAUCAUUGACACUGAAACGGUUUCCGACACUGUGACCAUUACUCCAGACCCGGUGACUGCUACCGCUACUGCCUUGGCAACAAUAACUUCGACUGUCACCAGCACCAGUACCACGACCAGCACGGUAUGCACUGGUAAUGGAGUCAUGAAGCGUGAUCCCAACCCUACCUCACCAGCAGUUGUCGAGGCCCGCGGAGGAUUGAGUGCGCUUAAAAACUUCGCCCGAAACUUGAUCGAGGACGCCUGCAGCUGCUACGUUGCCGCCCCGACUGUGACCAAAACCGUCACUGUGACUUCUGUACAGCAAUCCACAACAACAUCGACGUCGACAAUUCUCACUACCGUAACUACACAAGAUGCGACGGUCGUUGAAUCUCUCACUACACAUGUACCUACCACCAUCACAGCCUACGUCAGCAAUACUCUCGACCCAGUCACAGCUACGGUCACCAUUACCAAUACCGGUACCAAGACGGUAACAACAGUUGCUGUCCAGACUGCAACCGUUUCCAACAGCAAGAACUACCAACAGGUGACCGGAUUUCCCACCUCCGGAUGCGGCAUCGGUAACUACCAACAAUUCUUCGCCUAUAACUCUGCUACCUGGCAGGACGGUCAACAACAGUGUGCAUGCUACUGUAACCGCGACUCUCAAUGCAGGUCAUUCUUUCUCGUCCAAGACACUAAUGGCUUAUACCGCUGCGCGAUCACAUAUAGCCCUGUAAAUAUGGCCUAUAUCUCGUGCGGAAUUUCCUUCUUUGGACGGGACGUCGCUUACAAUGUUGUCUGA